UGCAGUGGGAACAUUAGACGAAGGACGAGCGGCACAGAGCAACUACCACUACUACUGCUACCACGAGAGGAGCCAGAAAAACAUUUCAAACUCAAAUUUAAACAGAAUAUUUUCAGAAAACCAAUUUACCAACACUUUAACAACGACCUACACAGAUGAAGGAUGGUUUAAUGAUCCUGAUAUGUGAAAAUUAUCAAGAUUUAUGGACUAAACAACGGGUUUUGGAGACAAGAAACUCUACCUGGAGGUUUUAAAACGCAAGAUACAAGCAAGAGUGUAACUUGAAUUCAUUAUAUUAUCAGAUUGGAUUUACUUUUUGCACUUUUAUUAAUUGUAACUGGAUUUUUUCUGAAGAUAUUUGGAAGAUUUCUGCACUUUUUCACAAAAACUAAACACUUAACUUUGAUUUUAAAACUACUGGGAAAUCUUCCAAGGAGUAAAUAAUAUUUUUUUCAGUGGCAACAUGUAAGAAUUCAAUGACUGCGUUGACUAAGACUGAAAACCACUUUGGAAAGUUAAGGAUUUCCAAAUUGAAUAGCUUCAAAAUAUGUUAUAAUUUGGAAGUCAUGAGCAAGUUUCCCAAGUUUGUCAAGUUUUGCAGCUGGACAUAAUUGGGAUUUAGUUUUCAUAGGUGAGAGUGGGGAGGCAUCUGACAUCUGAACAAUGACUUCCAGUAUGACCUUUGACGAGUUCCUUCAUCUUCCUCUGAACGUUUACAUCAUCAUCAUUGGCAUCGGGCUGUUUGUGCUGCUGCCCUGCCUUGUCUUCUGCUGCUGCUUCAUCAGAGUGAGACGAGAAGCAGCACGGCAAUAUGUUUAUAAUAAGGUUGUUUUGAAAGGAGCUGGGAAGAAAAUGGGUCUACUUGGGCAAACAUGUGCUGUGUGUCUGGAGGAGUUUAGGACUAAGGAUGAGCUUGGCGUGUGUCCCUGCUCCCACGCCUUCCACAAAAAAGUGAGACGAGAAGCAGCACGGCAAUAUGUUUAUAAUAAGGUUGUUUUGAAAGGAGCUGGGAAGAAAAUGGGUCUACUUGGGCAAACAUGUGCUGUGUGUCUGGAGGAGUUUAGGACUAAGGAUGAGCUUGGCGUGUGUCCCUGCUCCCACGCCUUCCACAAAAAGUGCCUUUUAAAGUGGCUGGAGAUUAGGAGUGUGUGUCCCAUGUGCAACAAACCAGUUUGUCGCCUGCACCCUGAGCCUCCCCCUGACCCGGAACUAGGAUAGAGCGUCACCUACUGUCUAAGAAGGGCACAAACUCUCAAAUCUGCACCCAGAGCCGCAAAGUGACCCAGAGCAGGGUUAGAGUGCCCCUACUGUCCCUAUACUGUAAUAGAGGAUUAGAGACUGUUUACAUCUGCACCUGGAGCCCCAAAGUGACCCAGAGCCGGGGGUAGAGCACCAUUUACUGUCCCUAUACUGUAACACAGCAGCAUAGACUGUUAACAUAGUGCACCCCUGGUGCCUUAAGGACUGAUAGAUGUUUAUGUGGUGCUAUUCUUUCUGCAGCAGAGCUGCUAAAACCCUGUGCUUGUUGGCUUCUUAUGAUAUUUAUAACCACUAUGGGGUCUUAAAGGUACAAAUUAGUUAGUAGUUAAUUAGUCUAUUAAAGCUCCACAACAUUU